CGCACAUAAAAAAACAACGAAGAAGUGUCAGCGUAAACAACAUGGCUGACGGCUAGCAUCCCAAGUGCGAGCUCGUUAAACAAAUUGAUUGUAUGAUUGUAUUUCAACAUGUCGUGAUGAGUUAAGAUAUUAUAUACCAAUAUAUGUAUCAGCUGUGUACAUAAGACGUUAGCGUAUGUCGCUGUUCAGAGCGACAAUGUGACGAUAGCUUAGCUAACAGGUUACCUAGGCAACGGUAGCCCAUUUUGACGCUUUCUGAGUUUUUCUACCGUGUAAAGGUCCUGUGAGGUGAUGUCAUGGAGCAGUACAGCAUCCUUGGCCGUGUGGGAGAAGGCGCUCAUGGCAUCGUUUUCAAGGCCAAACACAUUGAGACAGGAGAGACGGUCGCCCUGAAGAAGGUGGCUCUUAGGCGUCUGGAGGACGGCAUUCCCAACCAGGCCCUGCGGGAGAUCAAAGCCCUGCAGGAGAUUGAGGACAACCAGCACGUGGUGACACUGAGGGAUGUCUUCCCUCAUGGGACAGGCUUCGUCCUGGUCUUUGACUUCAUGCUCUCUGACCUCUCGGAGGUCAUCAGGAACUCCCAGCGACCUCUGACUACAGCACAGGUCAAAGGUUACAUGCUGAUGCUGCUUAAGGGCGUGGCUUUCUUGCAUCACAACAACAUCAUGCACAGAGACCUGAAGCCUGCUAACCUCCUCAUUAGCUCCUCGGGACACCUCAAGAUCGCUGACUUUGGCCUGGCUCGCCUCCUCAGCCAGCACCCGGAGCGUCUGUACAGCCAUCAGGUGGCCACCAGAUGGUAUCGGGCUCCUGAGUUGCUGUAUGGAGCCAGAAAAUACGACAAGGGGGUCGAUUUGUGGGCGGUAGGUUGUAUUUUUGGGGAACUGCUGAACUCCUCUCCUCUAUUUCCUGGAGAGAACGACAUCGAGCAGCUGUGUUGUGUCUUAAGGGUGCUCGGGACGCCGACAUGCGACACCUGGCCUGAGAUGGCGGACUUGCCAGAUUACAACAAAAUCACCUUCAAGGAGAAUCCCGCCAUCCCGUUGGAGGAACUCAUCCCUGACUCCUCCCCACUGGCCAUCCAUUUGCUCUACAAGUUCCUGGUUUAUCCGUCCAAGCAGCGCUGCCCCGCCCAGCAGGCUCUCCUCCACCCGUACUUCUUCUGCUCUCCUCUUCCUGCUCACCACUCGGAGCUGCCGAUCCCUCAAAAGGGUAGCGGUCAUCCCCACCCGAGGUUGCAGGCGCCGCCCUCUGACUUCUCAACCGACCUGCCCCUGACGGAAAGCAUUGUUGACCCUGCAUUGCUGCGGAGACACGCCUCCUGUCUGUGAUUGGAGCAUCGCUCAUUAGCAUUAAAAGGUCGCUUUCAUUAUCCUCUUUUCUGCUCUUUUAUAUAUAUUUAAUUAAUACAGUAUGUCAAAUUUGACUUGUAGUUGUCAUUUUCCUCCAGCCAAAACAGAAGAAAACCGACAUGUUUAAUUAUUUGUUGAACGUUUCAUCAGGCCAUAAAAGACAAAGAGACAAGAAGUGGACAUGACAAGGGUUCGGGGGUUGGGGCUGAAGUAAACGAGGCACUUUGUUACCACUCAGCUGUAGGAUGCCGGCCCGUCUUGGCUGUUGCUAUAGAAACAGACUGGUCAUUGAGCUGUAGCAAUGAGCGUACUGACAGCCAGCAGGACUGGGCGUGUGUCUAUAUGGCUCUAGUUCAACUUCUAAAGGUUUUUCCGAUACAAGCAAGCAAGUAGUCUCUAUACUCUUUUUUUUUUCAUCAUCAUCAUAAUAAUACUAUAUCAAGGUUUUCAGUUUAGAAAAAUAAAAAAAAUGAUUGACAUGCUUGGAAAGGGCGGGGUCAAAGUUGAGCCGAGUUCUUUGCAUACAUUUUAAAGUGUCACUGGCCACGCCUCUUCUCUUGUUCACUAACCAGUUUGCUCCUUAGCAUCCAAUCACAUGCAGGAAGAGGCGGGUCUUGUCUAGAAAAGCCCUUAAAUGUCUAAAAAAAAAAAAAAGACUCUGCUGACAUCCAAUCAGAGAUCGAGUCCACCCAUUCGGCCUCGCCCACUGAGAUGACGGCCAGUCAGAACCUGCGUGAGCUUGUGUGGGCUGGGCUCCAACCAGGGGCCUGGCACCUCUUGCUGCUUCAGUCCAGCUAUUCUCCAAUCAAACGUCUGUGCUGUGCUGGCCCCCGAUUGGCUGUCAUCUGAUUGGCUGUCAGACAGGCGCUGGUCUUCUGCAGCGUCCAGCGGCAUCAGGAAGGAGAAGGCCACUUGCUGAGGAGCACCCAAGCUCCCACAAUUCUUUGCAUCGCUCUUCUCCUUCUUUCCCGUCUUCCUCCUCCUCCUCUCCUUCUCCUCUUUCAUCUUCCUCCUCUCCUCAUUCUUGAUCUCCUCCUCCACUAGGUCCAGAUCCAGAUCAGGAGGUCUUCGUCGUCCUCUGUUUCUUGGUUUGGUUGCUCUGGUCCUCCUCCUCCUAUUGUCUCCUUCUCCCCAGUGUGUGCUGUGGGGGGUGGUCGUCAUGGUGACAGCCUCCUGCACCUCCUCCCGUGAGGAGGGGCGGGAGGAGGAGUCUUCCUCAGGGCCUAUCAAGAGACACAGGGACACAAUUAGCCGCACUACCUCAAGACGUCACUAGAAGGUGCCGAGAGCCAUCAGACCCUUUCCACUUCCCACCAAUGGGAAUAGGAUGUAUCCUUAUAUACACAAAUUGUAUAUAAGGAUACUGGUGGUCCCAAAUUUUUGGAGGUGGUAUGAAAAUGUAUUUUCCCCUUCCUGAUUUCUUUUUAUUUAAUCUUUUAUUAGACCUCUGAUGAUGCUAAUACACAUUUGUUUACUUCCUAUUCCUCUCUUGAAAAGAAGUAGAAUGAACAUGGAGGCGUUGUCAUGGCAAUGCAGAGCAAACCAUCACACACUGAUGAUGUCCACACACCCUCAGCCAAAAUGAAGAUGGAAAUGAAGAAGCCAGGCAGAAAAGGAAGAAGCAGGUAAACGUUACCGACCGCGAGUUUUCCGUGCGUCCGAUGACGUAGAAGCACGGCUCGCCCUGUUUGGAGUUGGUCAUGCACAGUGACAGGCUGGACAGCUCCACUGAGGAAGAUAUCGGGAACAGGAAGUAGAAAGACAAGAGCCUUGCGUGAUUUUUUUUAAGGUUCAUUAAAGGAAAAUUGCACUUUUUACAAAAUGUUGAAAAACAAUCUCACAGUGCCUCCUUGUGGCACAAUAUGGUAACAUGGCAAAAUCUGUGAGGGGUGCCCCUUAAACCUAAUCUGACACCUGCUGCCUUGUAGGUUCAGGAAUUUUUAGGCUAAGGCUAUAUGUGAAGGAAGCCCUGACUUCAAACCUCCGCUGCCUUGCGGCUAAGGAAGUAAACCCGAGCAGCAAAUCAAGAAGUGGAGCCCCUUAGCAUGAACUAUUAUGCUCAUUUUUUUAGCCCCUUUGUAUUGAGUUGUGGACACCUGUAGAGCAGCUACGCACGAUAACCCGCACACAUAGCUUUCUAGUUCUUCCAGAAUCUGCACCUAUUCAGCUGUAAUUCUUUGGAUUUCGUGGUUCCCACGUCGUGUCUGUUUUAAUGUAUUCCACCCACGGCACGCUUUCAUUUUAAAAUAAAAACACAGCAGCAGUAGAGGCAGGUCCAAUGUGUAGUGUGCGGUGAAGCUAGUCACUAGCCAGCUAGUAAUUAGCUAGCUUGUUAGCUAACUAGCUAGUAGUAUCUUCGUUAGAUUGGCGUAACAAUGUUAAUAAUAACAAUGUUGCAGUAGCUUGGUUAAUAUGUAUGCAUUCAUUUUCUACUGCUUAUCCUCACGAGGGUCG